AACUAUUGCUAGCCAUUAUUGCAUGGUGAAUGGAUGGCUCCUUUUCAUUUCAUUUCUCUCUGAACAUGUCUGUUGUGUUGAAAGAGUCAAAAGCAGAACCACCCUUCUUUCACUCCAAUCCAACCGGAUAAUGUCCAGAAUUAGAUCACAAACAUUCCAUUUCUGCCUCCAUUCACGUGUCCUCCACCAUUGCAAGAAGAGGCAGAGAUCAUUCACAUACAUGAUAUAAAACCAGUUUUGUUUAUAGACAUUAAAGGGACUUUGUUUCAUCUUUAAUCUUCUUGUUUGAGGUGCCUGGCUACAACAAGCUUGGUGCUUGACCACAUUUUGAUUUCUUGCUAAUCAUCUCAAAGUCGCAGCGUUUCAUUGGAUCUUUCGAAAGAGAGAAAAAGAGAUGGCAUUCACUGGAACUCUUGAUAAGUGCAAGGCUUGUGAUAGGACUGUUUAUGUGGUUGAUAUGUUGUCUCUUGAAGGAGUUCCUUACCAUAAAUCCUGCUUCAAAUGCAGCCAUUGCAAAGGGACUCUUGUGAUGAGCAAUUACUCAUCCAUGGAUGGAGUUCUCUACUGCAAGCCUCAUUUUGAGCAACUUUUCAAGGAAUCUGGCAACUUCAGCAAGAAUUUUCAGACAGGAAAGUCUGAGAGGCAAAAUGAUCAGCUGAAUAGAACUCCAAGCAAACUCUCUUCCUUGUUCUGUGGAACCCAGGACAAGUGUUCCGUCUGCCAGAAAACCGUCUACCCACUCGAAAAGGUUACCCUGGAAGGAGAGUGUUACCACAAGACAUGCUUCAGGUGCGCACAUGGAGGGUGUCCUCUGACUCACUCAUCAUAUGCUGCUCUUGAUGGAGUUCUGUACUGCAAGCACCAUUUUGCACAGCUAUUCAUGGAGAAAGGAAGCUACAGUCAUGUCCUCAAGUCUGCUAAUCACAAGAGAUCUGCCUCCGCCUCCACACCACCUCCUGAACCCGCUGACGACUCCAACAACACCGAGGAUCCUGCUGAUGCUCCUAAAGAGAACACAGAAGAGCAAUCUUAAAAUACAUGAACCAGAAGAAAGAAAAGAAGAAAACACCAUACACCUUCUAAUCUUGUUUGAUUGAUUGUUCCCAUUUUGUUUUUCCUUUUUUUUUUGGUAAUGGAUUGUUUAUGUUAUUGAUACAAAUGGAUUGGUGCAAUAUAUUGAAUUCUUUCUUCUUCUUUUUUUCUUUCUAUUAUGUUCCUAUAUUCUCCAUUCUCCAGCAUAGUUCUGGGUUAUGUGUUCUUUAUCUCAUAGUCCUCAGAGCCAAUGUGAAACUUCAAAAGAUUUUACAAAAAGGUUUUAAGAAGUGUUUUAUGUUUCUAUACAUCUGUAAUCAAGUCUCUCUUGCCUCAACCGAGCAUAUGAACUACUUAGCUCUUGAAUUUUGCUUUGGAUGCUUAUUCAGCUUAUGAGCAAGAUCAUACUUUCAUCAUGGAUAAGUGCAACAAUGCUUAUAUACCGGCCGCAACAAGCAGGCCUUCUCUUACGCUAUGUUUGGUUCGUCGUGGGAAUGU